AUGUGUGUGCGCGUGCUGAUUAAGUAGUGUAGCUUUUAAGCCAUCGACGCGACCGUCGACAGUUCGUUCCCAACUUCGGACGCGCUCGGUACCGAUCAAUCGGUAACUAUUGUCGGGACAAUUUGUAAUUUUAACUGAUUAAACAAGUAAACCUUGCGAUUAAGUUUUAUUAAAGAAGAAUUACCCAAGAACUAUUAGUGGCGCAGUCUAAAAGGAUAGCUAGAGCUUUUCCACCUCAAAAGCCUAGUCACCGGACCUCCGGAGCCGAAAAUGCUGUUUGCCGUCGCCAUACUGACCCUCCUGAUAGGAGCGACCCAGGGCCGGCAAGUAACCCUCACGGAGCUGGAUAACAACCCCGGAGUCCUGCCAUUUAAACUGGGCACCGCUAAGAUUCAGAUGACUGAACAUGUGUUUUUACACUACUAUGAACUAAAUAGUAUUAAGGAUAGUAUUAGUAAUAUAGAGAACUAUAUAGGUAGUUACUUAGAUUAUAUGAAAUCUGCCGACCCCCUUUAUUUUAGAGAUACCUCAGUGACGACCACCCAGAUUUUCUUGAACGACCUCAACACCAUUUAUGGUAAAUUCAAUGCCUUGUACGCGAUUCACCCUAAGCAAAAACGCGGCCUUUUUAACGGUUUGGGUACUGUCAUAAAAAGCAUUACUGGAAAUUUGGAUCACGACGAUGCACGUCAUUAUAACCAAGCCAUACAAACAUUACAGGAAAAUCAAAAUCUAAUUGGAAAUAAAUUGAAUUCUGGAAUUAGCAUUAAUAAACAAAUGUUAGAAUCAUUCAAUAACACGUUGUUAGCUAUGAUCUCUAACGAAAAUAAAAUUCAUGUUGCCUUGAACGAAAUCAUAAUUACUAUUAUGACAUCAUUACUUGUGGUUCCUUUUAUGCAGAGAAUAGAGUCGUAUUUGCAUUGAAAUUUCCUGUAAUGUACAAGAAUACAUACACCUACUACCAUCUAUUUCCCACUCCGACUUAUAAUUCGACCAUUCUGAUCCCUCCUAAACCUUAUAUGGCAAUGAACGACGAGAAACACCAGUACAUGGAACAAGAAUGUAAACGUUUCCAAGAAACAUAUUACUGUGAAGAAACCUUUU